AUGCGUCUUUUAAAAUCAUUUGGCAUAAAUCGCUAUUCUACUUUCAUACAUCAUAUUCUUUUAGUGUUAUUAUUAUAUAACAUUUACCUCUCACUUACACUACUUAAAGCAAGUUCCUUAUCAAAAACGGAUUGUGGUCAUAAGAAAUCAAAUACAUCAUAUUUUCAUCUUAAACUGUCUAAUGGCCGAUGGGACAGUAGACGUAUGGUUAAAACAUUUGACAAUGUCAUAAUAGCAGAACAAGAACCAAGCGGAAUGGUAUGUUUAGCUACACAAUGUUCAGUAGAUAGAUUACAUUCUAUAGUAGAACUAGCAAAAAAUUGGAAUGGAUCAAUAUCGACAGCAAUUUACGUAGCUGGUGAAGAAUUGUAUUAUUUACAAGAUUAUGUAAGAUUUCUACGACGAUGUUAUCGAUCAGUUCGUCAAACAGUUACUUUUCAUCUUGCCGUACCUGCAAAUCAAUUUCCACAAUCUACUCAAUCAGGUUUCACGACAGAUCAGUUACCGUGUCACCAGGAUCCAAUUAUUGUUUUAUCAAAUUUGAUGAAGCAAUUACCAGAAACUCUUAAACGAUGGAGAAUUCGCAUGCCUUACCCUCAAAAUCAUCUGAGAAAUCUAGCUCGUUUAAAUUGUCAAACUCACUAUGCAUUGGUUACAGACAUUGAUAUUAUUCCUAGCAUUGAUUCAGCAAUAUUACUCAAUACAUUUUUGUCUGAAAGACCAAAAUGUUUAAAAUGUGUAUAUGUUUUGCCCACAUACGAAGUUCAUAAAUCAGCUGACCCACCAAAAAAUGUUACAGAGUUGAUUAAAUUAAAAUCUACUGGGCUUGCAAGAUAUUUCCAUAUGGAAGUCUUUAAAUUAAACCAGAUGCCAACUAAUUUUCUAAUGUUUGAAAAAAGUUCAAAAAAAUUAAGCGGUUUACACAUCAGUCAUAAAGUACCCAAAUAUCAAUUAUAUUAUGAACCAUUUUAUGUGUCAUUAAACAAUGUUCCAAUCUAUGAUGAAAGAUUCAUUGGAUAUGGUUACACAAGGAACUCACAGGUGUACGAAAUGUUUGCAGCUAAAUAUCAAUUUGAAGUACUUGCUAAUAUUUUUACGUUUCAACAUAGUUUUGCCUCCCAGAAAAGAAAAUCUAACUAUAGAGAAAUUCAAUAUGCAGAAAAUUUAGCAUUAUUCACUAAAUUUAAAAAGGAAAUAGCUGCACGAUAUUUACUAAGCCAUUAUUUAUGA